AAAAAAAUGUUGGACACCAUAGAAAAAAACCGGGCCCUGCGGGCAGCAGAGCGGUUGCAGGCCAAGCUGCGAGAACGUGGGGACGUGGCAAAUGAAGACAAACUGAGCCUCCUGAAGUCAGUCCUGCAGAGCCCGCUCUUCAGCCAGAUCCUGAGGUUUCAGGCUUCCGUGCAGGCCCUGAAAGAGCAGAUAAACAUUGAAACUUCUGUGACUUCAAUUGUUGAAUAUGGCCACAUUCCACAUCUCAGCCCAGCUGUAAUUCCUACUUCGCAAAAUGAAUCGUUUUUAUUGUCCCCAAAUAAUGGGAAUGUGGAAGCACUUACAGGAUCUGGAACUCCACACAUCAAUGGGAAACCUGCUUGUGAUGAAUUUGAUCAGCUGAUCAAAAAUAUGGCCCAGGGUCGCCAUGUGGAAGUUUUCGAGCUCCUCAAACCACCAAGUGGAGGCCUUGGGUUUAGUGUUGUGGGACUGAGGAGUGAAAACAGGGGAGAAUUGGGAAUCUUUGUGCAGGAGAUCCAGGAGGGCAGUGUGGCUCACAGAGAUGGAAGAUUGAAGGAAACUGAUCAGAUCCUUGCUAUCAAUGGGCAGGCACUUGAUCAGACAAUUACACAUCAGCAGGCUAUCAGCAUCCUGCAGAAAGCCAAAGAGAAUGUCCAGCUAGUUAUCGCCAGAGGCUCCUUGCCUCAGCUCAUCAGCCCCAUAGUGUCCCGUUCUCCCUCUGCGGCCAGCACCAUUUCAGCUCACUCUAGCCCGGUUCACUGGCAGCACGUGGAGACUAUUGAGUUGGUGAAUGAUGGAUCUGGUCUGGGAUUUGGCAUCAUAGGAGGAAAAGCAACUGGCGUGAUAGUCAAAACCAUUCUCCCUGGGGGAGUAGCUGAUCAGCAUGGGCGAUUGUGCAGUGGAGAUCACAUUCUAAAGAUUGGUGACACAGAUCUAGCAGGAAUGAGCAGUGAGCAAGUAGCACAAGUCCUCAGGCAGUGUGGAAACAGAGUGAAGUUGGUGAUUGCAAGAGGGGCCAUAGAAGAAGCGACAGCACCCACGUCUUUGGGCAUCACCCUCUCCUCAUCCGCAUCUUCCACGCCAGAAGUACGGGUCGAGGCUUCUACCCAGAAAAGUGAAGAAAGUGAGACAUUUGAUGUGGAACUCACUAAAAAUAUCCAAGGAUUAGGAAUUACCAUUGCUGGUUACAUUGGAGAUAAAAAAUUAGAACCUUCAGGAAUCUUUGUAAAGAGCAUUACAAAAAGCAGUGCUGUUGAACAUGAUGGACGAAUCCAAAUUGGAGACCAAAUUAUAGCAGUAGAUGGCACCAACCUUCAGGGAUUCACCAAUCAACAAGCAGUCGAGGUGUUACGGCACACAGGACAGACUGUGCGCCUGACACUAAUGAGGAGAGGCGGAGUGAAGCCGGAGGCUGAAGUCACGCCGGGGGAGGACCUCACAAAGGAUACGAUUUUGUCACCUUUUAAUACCAGCACGAGCAAAGAAAAUUAUGAAAAAGAUGAAGAUUCUUUAUCUUUGAGGAGAAACACCAGCAUAUUACCAAUUGAAGAAGAAGGAAAACACCUGGAGCCAGAGUAUCCAUUACUGGCUGCUGAGAUAGAAGAAAUAGAAGAUGUGCAACAACAGGAAGCUGCCCUGCUGACAAAGUGGCAAAGGAUUAUGGGAAUUAAUUAUGAAAUAGUGCUGGCCCAUGUGAGCAAGUUCAGUGAGAGCAGUGGAUUGGGGAUAAGUCUGGAAGCAACAGUGGGGCAUCAUUUUAUCCGAUCUGUUCUACCAGAAGGUCCUGUUGGACACAGUGGGAAGCUGUUCAGUGGAGACGAGCUAUUGGAAGUGAAUGGCAUAACUUUGCUGGGGGAAAAUCACCAAGAUGUGGUCAAUAUUCUAAAGGAACUCCCUAUAGAAGUGACGGUGGUAUGCUGUCGCCGAACUGUGCCACCUACCACCCAUGCAGAAUUGGAUAGCUUGGACUUAUGUAACAUGGAGCUAACCGAAAAGCCUCAUGUAGACCUCGGCGAGUUCACUGGGUCCUCCGAGACAGAGGAUCCUGCACUGGCAGUGACCGACGUGGGUCAGAAGACAGAGGAUGUUCAAGGACCUUUGGCUAUGUGGGAGGCGGAUGUUCAGCACAUAGAGCUGGAGAAAGGGAACAAAGGACUUGGUUUUAGUAUUUUAGAUUAUCAGGAUCCGGUUGAUCCAGCCAGCACUGUGAUUGUAAUUCGUUCCUUGGUGCCUGGUGGCAUUGCUGAAAAGGAUGGAAGACUUCUUCCUGGAGAUCGACUCAUGUUUGUCAAUGACGUUAACUUGGAAAACAGCAGUCUUGAAGAAGCUGUACAGGCACUGAAGGGCGCACCCUCAGGAACUGUGAGAAUAGGAGUGGCCAAGCCUUUACCUCUUUCGCCAGAAGAAGGCUAUGUUUCUGCUAAGGAGGAUUCCUUUCUCUACCCACCACACUCCUGCGAGGAGGAGGGGCUGGCUGACAAAGCCCUCUUCAGGGCUGACUUAGCUCUGGUGGACACAAAUGAUGCUGACUUGGUAGAUGAAUCCACAUUGGAGUCUCAGUACUCUCCCGAUAAUGACAGUAUCUACUCUCCUCAAGCCUCUGUUUUAUCUCUUCAUGGUAGUACUUGUAGCAACGGCCUGAACUAUGGCCCUGCUCUUGCAUCGUCACCUCCCAAGGAUGUGGCUGAAAAUUCUUCAGAUCCAGUACUUGAUCUUCAUAUGUCCUUGGAGGAACUGUACGCCCAGAAUCUCCUGCAACAACAGGACGAGAAAGUGCCUCCAGUGGACUUGAGCAUGGGGCCUGCUUCUCGCUUUGCCUUAAAUGAUUACACACCUGCAAACGCUAUUGAGCAACAAUACAAAUGUGAAAACACAGGAGCAUGGCCUGAAUCUCAGCUACCAAAUGAGGGUAUAUCAAGUGCAGAACUUGGUUCUUCUCUGCUCCCUGAUUCAACUGGAAAGGGCUCCAAGUACUUACUUGAACAGAGCCCCCUGGCCUGUCCUGCUGAGUGUGUCAUGAUCCGGAAUGCAUCCAAAGACUCUUUGGAGAGGACUAUUACCAUAGCAAAAGGCAAUUCCAGCCUAGGGAUGACAGUAAGUGCUAAUAAAGAUGGCUUGGGGAUGAUUGUUCGAAGCAUUAUUCAUGGUGGCGCCAUCAGUCGAGAUGGACGGAUUGCUGUUGGGGACUGCAUCUUUUCCAUUAAUGAAGAAUCUACCAUCAGUUUAACCAAUGCCCAGGCACGAGCGAUGUUGAGAAGACAUUCUCUUAUUGGGCCUGACAUAAAAAUUACUUACGUGCCUGCAGAACAUUUGGAAGAGUUCAGAAUAAGCUUGGAACAACAAUCUGGGGGAAUAAUGUCACUGAAUAUUUUUUCUUCAUACACUGAAAGAGACAUUCCAGAACUACCAGAGCGAGAAGAAGGAGAGGGAGAAGAAAGUGAACUUCAAAAUGCAGCAUACAGCAAUUGGAAUCAGCCCCGGCGGGUUGAACUUUGGAGAGAACCAAGCAAAUCACUGGGCAUCAGCAUUGUCGGUGGACGAGGGAUGGGGAGUCGUCUAAGCAACGGUGAAGUGAUGAGGGGCAUUUUCAUCAAGCAUGUUCUUGAAGAUAGUCCAGCUGGAAAAAAUGGAACUUUGAAGCCUGGAGACAGAAUAGUAGAGGUGGAUGGGAUGGAUCUCAGAGAUGCCAGCCAUGAGCAAGCUGUGGAAGCCAUUCGGAAAGCAGGCAACCCUGUAGUCUUUAUGGUACAGAGCAUUAUAAACAGACCAAGGAAAUCCCCUUUGCCUUCUUUGCCGCACUACCUUUACCCUAAGUACAACUUCAGCAGCACUAACCCAUUUGCUGACUCUCUACAAUUCAACGCUGACAAGGCAUCUGGGCAGUCAGAGUUGAAGCCAGAAAAGGCUCCAUUGUGCAAUGUGCCUCUGCCCCCUCCUUCGGCAUUUGCAGAAAUGGGCAGUGAUCCUGCACAGUCAUCUGCAAGCAAAGCCUCAGAAGAUGUGGACAAAGAGGAUGAGUUUGGUUACAGCUGGAAAAAUAUCAGAGAGCGUUAUGGAACCCUAAUAGGUGAGCUCCAUAUGAUUGAAUUGGAGAAAGGUCGUAGUGGCUUGGGUCUAAGCCUUGCUGGAAACAAAGACCGAUCCAGGAUGAGUGUCUUUAUAGUAGGAAUUGAUCCCAAUGGAGCAGCUGGGAAAGAUGGCAGAUUACAGAUUGCAGAUGAGCUUCUAGAGAUCAAUGGUCAGAUUUUAUAUGGAAGAAGUCAUCAAAAUGCCUCAUCAAUCAUUAAAUGUGCCCCUUCCAAAGUAAAAAUAAUUUUUAUCAGAAAUAAAGAUGCGGUGAGCCAGAUGGCUGUAUGUCCUGGAAAUACAGCAGAACCUUUGCCUGCUGCCUCAGGGAAUCUUCAAAAUAAGGAGGCUGACCCAAGUAUUACUACAACUGACCCAGCUAUAGACCUCAGUUCAUUUAAAAACGUGCAACACCUGGAGCUUCCCAAGGAUCAAGGGGGCUUGGGCAUUGCUAUCAGUGAAGAAGAUACACUCAGGGGAAUUAUCAUCAAGAGUCUAACAGAGCAUGGGGUAGCCGCCAAGGAUGGACGGCUCAAAGUUGGGGAUCAGAUCUUGGCUGUAGAUGACGAAGUUGUUGUUGGUUAUCCUGUUGAAAAGUUUAUUAGCCUUCUGAAGACAGCAAAGACCACAGUGAGACUUACCGUCCUUGCUGAGAACCCAGAUCCCCAGACUGUUCCUUCAGCAUCUGGUACAGUGAAUGAGGAGAAAAAGAACAGCUCCCAGCCUCCGAUGGUCCCACCUUCCAGCUCCCCAGAACCGGAGCCUAUUCGAAGUACAAGCAGGUCAUCAACACCAGCAAUCUUUGCCUCUGAUCCUGCAACCUGCCCUAUCAUCCCUGGCUGUGAAACAACUAUUGAGAUUUCCAAAGGGCGAACAGGGCUGGGCCUGAGCAUCGUUGGUGGGUCAGACACACUGCUGGGUGCAAUUAUUAUCCAUGAAGUUUAUGAAGAAGGAGCAGCAUGUAAAGAUGGAAGACUCUGGGCUGGAGAUCAGAUUUUAGAGGUGAAUGGAAUUGACUUGAGAAAGGCCACACAUGAUGAAGCAAUAAGUGUCCUGAGACAGACUCCACAAAGGGUGCGCCUGACUCUCUACAGAGAUGAAUCUCCUUACAAAGAGGAGGACGUGUAUGACACCCUCACCAUUGAGCUGCAGAAGAAGCCAGGAAAAGGCCUGGGAUUAAGUAUUGUUGGUAAAAGAAAUGAUACUGGAGUAUUUGUGUCAGAUAUUGUCAAAGGAGGAAUUGCAGAUGCUGAUGGAAGGCUGAUGCAGGGAGACCAGAUAUUGAUGGUCAAUGGAGAAGACGUCCGUAAUGCCACCCAGGAAGCAGUUGCUGCUUUGCUAAAGGUGAGUGAAGGCAGCCUGUCAUCUUUCACUUUUCCACUCUCUGGAUCCAGUACCUCUGAGUCAGUGGAAAGUACUUCCAAGAAGAAUGCAUUGGCAUCUGAAAUACAAGGAUUGAGAACAGUUGAAAUAAAAAAGGGACCUACUGACUCUUUGGGAAUCAGCAUUGCUGGAGGAGUAGGCAGCGCUCUCGGUGACGUUCCUAUAUUUAUUGCCAUGAUGCACCCAAAUGGAGUAGCAGCUCAGACCCAGAAACUCAGAGUUGGAGAUAGAAUUGUCACUAUUUGUGGCACAUCCACUGAGGGAAUGACUCACACCCAAGCAGUGAACUUACUGAAAAAUGCUUCUGGCUCCAUUGAAAUGCAGGUGGUUGCUGGAGGAGACGUGAGUGUGGUCACAGGCCAUCAGCAGGAACCUGCCAGUUCUAGUUUGUCUUUCAUAGGGCUGGCAUCAAGUGGUAUAUUUCAAGAUGACUUAGGACCUCCUCAGUGCAAGUCUAUUACGCUGGACCGAGGACCAGAUGGUUUAGGCUUCAGUAUAGUAGGCGGCUAUGGCAGCCCUCAUGGAGACUUACCCAUUUAUGUUAAAACCGUGUUUGCCAAGGGAGCAGCCUCCGAAGAUGGGCGUCUAAAAAGGGGUGAUCAGAUCAUUGCUGUCAAUGGGCAGAGUCUGGAAGGGGUAACCCAUGAAGAAGCUGUUGCCAUUCUUAAGCGGACAAAAGGCACUGUCACUUUGAUGGUUCUCUCCUGAAUUGCUUCCAGAAUGGAGUCCACUCAACCCCUCGUUUGCAUUCUACACUGUGAAGAGAAUGGAACCAGUCUUGUGAACAACUUUUCCCAGGCUGUGUUCAUCGGGCUCUUAAGAGCUGUAGGGGAAAAAUAACAUUUUAGUUUGUUUUUCUCAUGUGGACAAGAUGUUCUUACGGUAGCAUCAUUUUCCCUUUCCCCUGGUGUUCUGUGAACCUAAACUCAAAGAAAAGAAAUAUUUGCAUAGAUAAUCUGGUCUUUCUUUGGGAAGAUAGCUGACAUUUUUGUAGUCAAAUAGGCAAAAAUUAUUAUGUGCUGAUCUGAUGAGUAGAGAGAGAAAAAUAAUUGUAAAUCUAACCUAAGAGAAAUGGCUUCAGUAACUUAGGGUGAAAAAUAAAGAAGAAUAUCUUGAAGUGAAGAGUUUUAUAAAAAUGCCUGAUUUUGCUCAUCCACCUCCUCUCUCCAUCUCCAAGAAGAAAGAAAAGAAAAUUAGAAAAAAAGCCUCUUUCUACUGAAAGGCUUAAAAAAAUAUUCUCAGUAUUUAAAAAAUUUGAAUAUCAUAAAAAAAUGCAUCUCCCCACCUCUAACACGCACAGAUUUUUUUUCUGCUAAGAUCUCCAUGAGUCAGGGGCUGACUCGACCACAGCUAACAACAGAGAAUCAGUUGCUGAGAGUAUGAGGAAACAGCAAAUAUAUGACUCCAUGUUCCCCAGUUUGUAAAGAAAAUGUAUCUAAUGCUCAUCUGAAUGUUCACGUUCAUUUUUGACCUGUUCUAAAAUUUUUUCGCAUGGCUGUAAGUAAAAUAAUGAUGCUACCCUGUGUUGACUGCAGUUUCUCUUAGAAAGCGGCCAUGCUAACCAUGGAGGAACGUGGAAGAAUCCCAGCAUCCUUUAGUGCUGGUUUUUAGCAACUCACGCCACACUAAAAAUGUGUUAGUGCGCUGUGCGAUUGGUUGUUAGUUAGUAUUAAUCUUAAAUGACAGAAAAAAGCAGUAUGCUAGUAAUUAUUUUGGUCAUAUGCCAUUAGUAAAUUGAUAGAAAAAUUAAGAGGAUUAACAUAACUUCAUUCCAUUGCCUUAUAUUAACAUCUUAUAAUACAAUAGUUUUUAAGACUAAGGGAAACAGAUGGAGCUGUUUAUUGAGA